AUCCCACUUGGCCUUUGAUACCCACUACAGUCUCAUCUUUCGCACUUCUUAUACCAUACAAACACUGUCUCAACCUGUCGUUGAAUGAAGUGGUCUCUUUCUUGACCGACGUUAGUCAUGAUCUAGCUUCGCGUGAGAAAGUGGCGUGUGUUUUGAGAUCACAAGUCACCGCUCAAUGGCGGCGAUGGAGCGUACGCGUAUCGCGAAGGUUGAUAAUGUCACACUCUCGCGUCGCGGCGAACACGUUACAGGUACACUUCAUCUCACGCCUCACCAUCUCAUCUUCGUCCACAAUCCUCCCGCAGACGACGAGAACAGCAAGCCAGUCCGUCCGCGCGAGCUAUGGAUAACAUACCCUAUCAUUCAACUAUGUACUCUCCGUCCAACCCCUGCCGCAUCUCGUCAACCCAGCUCUAUUCGUCUACGCUGUCGCGAUUUCACCUUUGUCUGCUUCUACUUCAGCGACGACCGGAAGGCGAGGGACAUGUAUGACAGCAUCAAGGCUUGGACUUGUAAAUUGAGCGGGAUUGAAAAGCUGUAUGCGUUUUCGUACCAGCCACAAGGGCCGGAAAAAGAUGUCUCUCCAAAGGGAUGGGCGUUGUAUGACCCAAUGCGGGAAUGGCGGAGGAUGGGGAUCGGCGACCUUAGCAAGAAGCAGCAGUGGAGGAUAUCAACCAUAAACCAGGAUUACUCGUUUUCGCCGACAUAUCCUGCUCUGUUGCCGGUGCCUGCUUCGAUUUCAGAUGCGACGCUGAACUACGCCAAAAGCUACCGGUCGAGAGCCCGGAUACCGGUGUUGACGUACCUCCACCCGGUCAACGACUGUUCAAUCUCUCGUUCGUCGCAGCCUCUCGUAGGAGUGCGAGGAAAUCGAAGCAUUCAGGAUGAGAAACUUUUGGCGGCGAUCUUCGAUACCACCAGGGCCGAACGGCCUUUGUCAGCAUUCAUCUCUCCACCGCCAGAACGAGAAGACUCAGGAUCGAGCAAAGACACGAACAUGUCCAACCUUGCGUCGUCAUUAGAAAGUGACGUUCAAAGCACCGACCCAGAAGCGCUCGAAGAUGCCGUCAUAUCGAAAAUGCGAGGCGACGACGAGCUGUCACAGUCGCAAGAUUCCAACGAGAAACCGGCCAUGGUAUACGGCGCUCAGCAACGGAACAUGAUUGUCGACGCACGACCUUCUAUCAACGCCUUGGCAAAUCAUGCCACGGGCAUGGGAUCCGAGGAUAUGAGUAACUACAAGUUCGCCACCAAGGUGUACCUUGGAAUUGACAACAUUCACGUUAUGCGAGAUAGUCUUGGAAAGGUCAUCGAAGCACUCAAAGACUCGGAUUUGACGCCGUUAGGCCCAAAUCGAGAGCUACUAGCCAAGAGCGACUGGCUCAAACAUAUCGCCAACGUUCUUGAUGGAGUGGGUUUGAUUGCUCGACAGGUCGGACUUCAACACAGCCAUGUCCUGAUCCAUUGUAGCGAUGGAUGGGACAGGACAAGCCAAUUGUCAGCUUUGAGUCAACUUUGUCUCGAUCCCUACUACAGAACGAUGGAAGGCUUCAUCGUGCUCGUCGAAAAAGACUGGCUUAGUUUCGGACACAUGUUUAAGCACCGGUCCGGAUUUCUGAGCUCGGAGAAGUGGUUCCACAUCGAAAACGAGCGGAUCAGUAGGGGCACUGGUGAAGACGUGGAAGGAAAAGAUGGCGCCAUGUCCGGAGCUCAAAAGGCGUUUGAGAAUGCCUUCUUGAGCGCCAAGGGCUUCUUCUCGAAUGCUAAACACAAUGACAGCCGAGAGUCGAUCAAUGUCGAGUCCGACGCCGAUGCAACUGGCAACAACUAUGACUCUGAAUCCCAGGUGGCACGGCGGAUAGUCUCCGGCAAUCCCAAGAAGGAGAAGGAGAAGAUGAUUACAAAGGUCAAAGAGACCGCCCCGAUUUUUCACCAAUUCCUCGACGCGACGUACCAGCUUCUGCACCAGCAUCCCACCCGUUUUGAGUUCACGGAGAGGUUUCUACGACGUUUACUGUAUCAUUUGUAUUCGUGCCAGUACGGGACGUUCCUGCUGGACAGCGAAAAGGAGCGGAAAGAAGCGAGGUUGAGUGACCGCACGAAAAGUGUCUGGGAUUACUUCCAGUCGCGGCAGAAGGAGUUUCUCAAUCCGAAGUACGACCCGGUCGUGGAUGAUAAUGUCCGGGGAAAAGAGAGAUUGAUAUUUCCCAGGACAGUGGAGGUGCGGUGGUGGAACGAAUUAUUUGGACGGACUGAUGAUGAGAUGAAUGGCAGGUCCAAAGCUCAGGUUAAUGGUGUGAGUGAUGGUGAGACCGAGUUGUGGACGUCCGUUGGGUCGCAGUCGCAGUCGCAGUCGCAGUCGCAGUCGCAGUCGCAGUCCGGAACCGGAUCUGGCCAGGCCUCGAUGCCAGUGUCUAGAGCUAGAACGCCGGUGCUUGUGGGCGUCGAAACUCACGAAGCGACCGUGGGAUUGACGUCGCCUGGAAAAUCGCACGAGCAGGACUCUGCUACGAUGGGAACGCCUGUGACGCUCGUCCUAAGUGGCAGUCCUGGUAAGGAUCCUCAAUGGCCAACGGAACAGAUGGCUAGGAUCAAAACGUCCCAGCCGAUACUAGCGCAGUUCGACAGACGCGGUGAUACGAUGCCGAUAGAUCUGAAGCCAGAGCUGCCUCCGGAGCGUUCAGAAGACGGCGCAGAGACUGCAAAAGCUGGCAAUGCUGAGGCAGACGCUGCAGAUGACCCAAUGACGCAGACUACUCCGAACGGCAACGACGCAGUCCACGACGUCCCUCGAGAUGAACCACACGAAAUCAACGAGACAGAGGCUACACCACAAGAUGAUAUGCAAGCGUGGGCCGAUGACCUCGAUCCACUUGGGAUAGGUGAAGUUAAGGACCACGUAUCUCAGUCGAAACGGGCGCAAACCGCGAUGGAGAGGAGGCGCGAGCAGAUGGAACUGUUGAUGAAGUGAAGCGAACUGAACUGAGCUUGGAAGAUGGGAUGAUACGAAAUGUACGAGAAGGAGAUUCCGCCUUACUGCAUGCCAUUCAUCCCAUGGAUGGCUCGAGUAUUUCAAGGCUAGACCCCUAGGUCCGGGUCGGGGUGUCAAUAUCACCUUGCAGCACACCCAUCUUGUCUGCGUUGAUCACGAUGUUAUGAAUACUGGAUUUGGGUCCAAUCCCUGGGAUGCAGCUUGCAAGAUGCAGCUGUGAAAUGAUAGCUAGAGCUUGGACAGCGAGCGCCACCGGCACUGAGGAUGUGCACCAAAGAGACAUUGAAAAAACUUUAGUCCGCUGUGAUAUCUGCUUUCUUUGCUUGCAUUGCUUCGACUCGAGGAAACUUAAC